GGCAUUAAUGGUAACCGAUGGUUGCAGCAUGUCGAGGCGCAAGCAAGCCAAACCGCAGCACAUCAACUCGGACGAACCCGCGUCCACACAAAAUGGCAUUCUUCGAGAUGAUGCAGAGCAGGAGGCAAAUGCGGAAGUAAAGAGGUUCAGAAUGGACCAGACCCGGAUCUGCAACAAGUGCUGUGCCGAAUUCUUCGAUGAAGCCGAAUUUCUUGAGCAUGAAAAUAGCUGCAUCAAAAGCCAGAAAGUGCUCAUCAUGAGAGAUGGUGACUGCAGUGAGGUCCCAGAGGAAUAUUCGCAAGGCUCUCCUGAAGGCGGAGCCAGUGACCAUGAUGAUAGUCGGUCAAGCAUCCAUUCACUAUCUGCUGCGAAUGCCGACCAGAUGGAAAGAACUGAGGAUGAGUCUAACAUCCAAAAAGAGGACCAAGAGGAUAUGUCUGCCAGUUCUGAGACACACUUCCAACAUUCCCCUGAGACGCAGGAUCCAAACACUUUUGAAGCAAUGACUACUGACACUCGAAUUUCUGCCUCCCAGACUUCUUCAAAUGCAACCACUCUACAGUCGCCAGACGCCCUACAGGUCAUCCCCAUGAUCUUGGAACAGUUGGUGUGCCUCCAGCAACAGCAGCUCCAGCAAAUACAGAUUACAGAACAGAUAAGAAUCCAAGUGGCAAUGAUGACUCCACAGGGUCUACGAUCAUCAAUGGCGGCAUCAAUGGACCCCCUGAAAGCCCUUGGCGCCCAUCUCUCCCAGCAGCUGUCUGCUGCAGCAGCCUUGAUUGGAAAAAGGUCUGGUAGUCAGAACCUAUCAAUGGAGGCGGUAAAGCAAGGUAAACCAUCGCUACCCACUGGCAUCCCAAACACUGUGCCUGCAGGACUGAGUGCAAUGAGCUCUAAAAUGGAUGUUUUGAAGGGCAUUCCGGAUAUCACCGGCCGUUUACCAACACUACUACCAGAGUCACCGGGCAUUGUAGGUUUCCCGGGCACCUUCAGCGGUAUCCAAGCAGGGACUGAAUCGAAAAAAAUAAAGGGAAAGUUGCUGAGUCUUCCAGUAGAGUCAAAGAAUGGAGACUCGCUAUACAAGCACAAGUGCAAAUACUGUGGCAAGACCUUCGGCAAUGAUAGUGCUCUCCAGAUUCAUCUGCGCUCACACACUGGUGAGAGGCCCUUCAAAUGCAACAUCUGCGGUAACCGCUUCACGACCAAAGGAAACCUCAAAGUGCAUUUCCAAAGGCACAAAGACAAGUACCCCAACAUCACCAUGAACCCUCAUCCUGUGCCUGAACACCUUGACAGUAUUCCCACCAGCAGCGGUAUACCCUUUGGCAUGUCUGUGCCCAUUGAAGAGUCAAACGAAAUUAAAUCAAUACUUAGUCAUCCUGCUCCGGGGUUCCAUUCUUCAUCAGUCUCUGGAUUCAAGACAUUUGACGGCUUUGGUGGCGACCAGUUUUCCCAAAGACCCUCGCCAUCAACGAGCGAUAGCUCCCCAUCUAUUUCCUCAAAUGCCUUUGGUCAAGAGACCAGUAUGGAUCCGACCCAGAGGGAUGCUAAAGAGCUCCUGGGAACACUGCAUCACAUGAAUGGUAAUGGCAUGUCUGGAGAGCAAAGCUCUGGAACUGCAAAGCUUCAGCAGAUGGUGGACGGCUUGGAAAAAAAGACAAACGACCCCAAUGAGUGCGUCAUCUGCCACAGAAUUCUUAGCUGCCAGAGCUCGUUGAAGAUGCAUUACCGCACACACACCGGGGAGAGGCCAUACAAAUGUAAGAUCUGCGGUCGCGCUUUUUCUACCAAAGGCAAUCUGAAGGCCCAUUAUGGGGUACACAGGGCCAACACGCCUCUUAAAAUGCAGCACUCUUGUCCCAUCUGUCAAAAGAAAUUCACCAAUGCUGUGGUUCUGCAGCAGCACAUUCGCAUGCACAUGGGCGGGCAAAUCCCUAACACUCCAGUGGCUGAAAGUCACUUUGAGGCGGGCGAGUCAAUGGAGUCUUCGCCACCGGCGGAGAAGUCUGUUGACCUUAAUGGUUUUGAAGCAAACAUAGAAGAUCGAGAACCCGAAGUGAAUUCUCAAAAGCCGAACGAGAACUCUGAUUCUCUCCCAUCUGCCACAGAUGAACAGGAGCAUGCUGGCCCAUCAAUGUUUUCUAGCCUUGAUGUUUUGAAGAAUCUCACCUCUGCUCUUGCACUAAAACGACAGAGUAGCACUCCGUCAGAGUGUGAGGGAAUACCCAAAGAAUCCCCAUCUGCCUCCAGAGAGCAGGAAUAUCAGAACGGCUGCAGUCCAGGUGCUUCUGACUCUGCCAUGUCAUUUCAUUCCACUUCUCCUGUGAACAAUACAAGUAGUCUCAAGUCUCCAGAGUGUGCUGUCGAAGAGUUUCCUCUGAUGGGAUCCAAAACAGACCUUGAUGGAUUGACUCAAGAUGGAAUAGAAUCAAGUGGGGCCCUUGACCUGACAGCUUCGAGCAGCUUUACUCCAAAAGCCAUCAAAGAAGAGCCUGCUGUGCCAUUCACACCUGUGGAAUACGCUCCAAGCAACAUGUCUUUCAUGAGGAUCCCUUCUAGUCUGGCUGGCCUGGAGUUGAAGAUCCCUCAAGAGAACCCAAUGGGCACCCACAGUCUGUUCACCUCUCAAAUGCCCCCGGGCGGACCCGUACAUCUGCAAGUCCCCACGGCACCGCGUCGGUCUUCCAAACAGCAUGUUUGUAAUGUCUGCGGAAAGAAUUUCUCUUCUGCCAGCGCCUUACAGAUUCACGAGCGCACUCACACUGGGGAGAAGCCUUUUGCCUGUAACAUCUGUGGCAGGGCAUUCACAACCAAGGGAAAUCUAAAGGUACAUAUUGGUACCCAUAUGUGGAACAACUCCUCAAGACGUGGUCAGCGUCUAUCCUUGGAUAAUCCCAUGGCUCUUAUGGCAAUGAACUCUGAGCCGAAGAUGUUACCAGAAAUGAUGCAAACCCCCAAAGAACUUGCUGCUCCACCUAUGAACUUUGACCCAUCUAUGUGGAACCAGUACACCACCGCCUAUAGUGGUGGCCUGACCAUGAAGACGAAUGAGAUCUCUGUCAUCCAGGGGGGAGGCAUCCCCCUCCCUGGGAGCCCUGCUGGCGGCGCCCCGUUGAUUGGAUCUACUGGAGGCCACAUGAAGAUGGACGCAUCCCACUCUGGCUUGCCUUCCUCUAUGGUCGAAAUUGAAAAAAAUAGCUCUGACAGUGUACCAAAAUCCCAGUUCCCACAUUUCAUGGAGGAGGGGAAAAUUGCAGUCAAUUAAUCAUUGGGCCAUCACUUGAACUCUAAAUCCUGAAUGUCUUCUCGCAAAUGAGGUACAAUCAUUAAACAUGGGUAUUUCCCCUGUAAUCUUGUCAUGUCACACAUUCAGCUGAUUCUAUAGUGUUGCUUUUUAGUUGACUACUGUAGUUGUAUUUUAUUUUAUAUAAAUAUAUAUACGGGUAUGUUUUUUUCUGUGACACUUAACAUGCUGUCUAUCCAAAAGUUUGAAUGUAUAACUUUACUUGAAAUGCAGCUGUAAUUCCAACUGUCUCCUUUUUAUACCUUUUUGAAGGAUUUGGACUGUAAUGCUUGACUUUUAAGGUCCGUGUCUCAGCGCUCAGAAUGUUGGCGUAGUUAACCGUAUUGUUCCACAAUGACUACUUUCCCUCUGAUUGUGUGCCAUCAAUUUUGACAUUGUACGUUUUCGUAGUGUAGUAUUUGAAGUGUCCUGCCUGUUGCAUACAUAUGAAUUUUGAAGAUCUAAGUAUUGAAAAGGAUUAAUGAAUGGUUCUACUUGCCAAGUGCCUAACUUGAAUUGUUUGUGUCACUGUUGUCUUUCAGUGCACCAGAGGGUUAUUAUAAAGGCUCUGGUGGAAUUAUUUGUACCAUGUAGCAUUGGUUGUGUAUCAGAUUUACAUCCAGAACUCUGUCUGCUGUUUGUUUUCACUUGUAAAGCAGUGUCAUAUUUAGUUGGCUGAGCUCCAAAUGCAGAAUAUUGUCAAGCCUGCACUUUAUUUGAGGUUUAUAUGGUUACACGUGUUGUUGCAUCUCAGUCUCCUUGCAUAAUGGCAUCUCUCUGAGACAAAGGACAAAUUUACAAUUGUGUCUAAGAGGGUUUAUACUGCUCAGAUUUAAUGGUCUUCAAUUUGUAGCAUUCUUAAUUUAUUUAUAAUAGACAAGGCUUGAGUUAUGGGGGUAAAUUCUACCUCAGUUAGAUUUUAGGUCUCCAUCCCUCCCUCCUUCAAAUGAAUACUCCCUCCCCAUACAUUCGUGAGCCCAGAUGUUUUAUUUUCCAUUCUCAAUCUGCUGUGUUGAACUCCAAUGAAUGUAUAACGGGACACUUUACACAAGUCAGAAUGCCCAGAGUACCUUUGAAGGCCCCUGCUGUACAUUCCGUAUCUAUUAUGCAUUUGCCAAGUUGUGCCUUUUUUGUCAGAAAACGAUGUCAAAAAUGCUUUCGAUGAUGUCUCUACAAUUCAAUGUUGAGCCGGUGUGGCUUGUUUACAUCGUACAUUGUUUUUUUGAUCCCAAAUGUUCCCUUCAACUGUAUU